UGGAUGUCAAUUACGCAGACGGCCGAGUCCGGGCGCUGCGAGGAGUGCCGCCGUUGACCUAAUCACCUCGCCGUUCUCUGCUCUCUCUCUCUCCGAUGGCGAAGAUGGUGAGAGAUGGAAACGGCGGUGGGCAACUUACUGAAGCCCUCCCUCAAGCACUGCUACUGGAGAUCAUGGCGAGGCUCGACCUGGAGUCUCUCUGUUCUCUGGCUCCCGUUUGCAAGUCCCUCCACUCCUCGGUCUCCCAAAGGAUUUCGGUUCUCUCCACUCUUGAUCUGUCCGACAUUUCCCCAACCAACUGUUCUCUUAGAAGAAUCCUUACUGAUAAUAAAUCCCUCCAAAAUCUUAUUCUCAACUGCAGAUGGCUUGAUGAUUCUUCAGUUGAGGUUUUUGCAAAAGAAAGCAUCCGAGAACUUGUUCUGUUGAGGUGUACAAGGUUCUCUUCUUACAUAUUCACUGCAAUUGGAAAAUGUUGCCGGAAAUUGAGAAUGUUCACAGUGGAGAUGAAACAAGUGAACAAUGAACCAGCUGCUUCCUACAAUAAGUCUGUAGGACAGAUGCUUGAUAGGUGCUUAUGCUUGGAGUCUUUCAGUGUAAAAUUAUAUUCUGAUCAUGAUUACUUUUGUAAUCUUUGGUCCUUCCAAUUGACCAUCCCCCAAACGAUAAAAGUUUUGCUGCUGCGGCCUAUAUCAGAUUUGCAUGCAAAGCAGUUUAUUUGCAACCGUGGAGUUGGUGGAUCAGAUGCAUGGUUAGCCGGUGUGAGUAUGCCUUCUUCAGGUCCCAUGAUUUAUUCCCUGCGAUCAUUAACUCUUGUUGUAAGCCAAAUAACAGAUGAACUUGUCUUUAAUAUCACAAGCAAUCUUCACCAUUUGGUUGAGUUAUGCCUUGAAGAUAAUCCGAGGGAAGGACCUUCUUUACAAAAUGACUUGACUAACAGAGGUCUUGAGUUACUUGGAUCUUUUGGAAAGUUGAUCAGUCUCUCUCUCACACGGGGUAAGAAGUCUCUAACCAAGUUUAAAAUGGUGAAUGAUGUCGGUAUUCUCUUGCUUGCCGAGGGAUGUGGAAGACUUGAAUCAUUGAGAUUGGGAGGGUUUGCUAAAGUUACUGAUGCAGGCUACAGUUCUAUUCUUCAGUGUUGCAAGAAUCUGAAAAGAUUGCAAAUUUGGAACGGACUUUUGUUGUCAGAUUUGACAUUUCAUAAUUUUGCACCCACUGGAAACCUCACCGAAGUGAGACUGGUAUCCGGCAAAUACAUAACCAGUGAAAUUUUAGAGUAUUUUUCUUUAUGUGAAAAUUUACAGGUGUUGGACCUCUCGCUCUGCAGAAACAUUGCAGACGAAGGAUUGAACUCAAUAUCAAGAUUGUGCAAGAUGACAACAUUGAAUCUCAGUGGGGUUGACAUUAGUGAUGAGGGCUUGUCCACACUUGGUGGUGGAGCUUCCCCUAUAGAGACUUUGAAUCUUAGAGGUUGCAAAAGAAUCACAGAUAGGGGCAUAGUUAUGAUGCUGUGUGAUAGUAUUCUCCGCAAAACUUUGGUUACGCUUGAUCUUUCUUACCUGUCCUUAUCGGAUAUAGCUAUUGUUGCUGUCGCAGAAGCUUGUACAGAAAUCAGUAAUCUGUGUAUCAGGAACUGCUUUUUUAUCAGCGAUGCAUCUCUAUCCGCAUUAGGUUCACCUGAAAGAACUAGAGGAAAAAGAUCACUCAGAAAGCUUGAUUUGUUCAACUGCUGCAGAUUGUCUGCUAAUGUGUCAAGAAUGGUCAGUCAUCCGUUCUUUUGUGGUCUCCGAUGGUUAGGUGUAGGGAAAACAAGGUUCUUCUCGGAAGGCAAAGAUGCGCCCGAGGAACUUUUGAGCACUAAACCUGGUCUAAGCAUUUGCGCCAUUGGUUGUGAGAUCGGCUGCAAGGAUGGUUGGCAACAUCAUGAAGGCGGUGUCAUUACCUAAAUUACUUCAUUCACGUCUAGAUUAUUUGAAUUUGCUUGUUCAGAAGCUCAGUUUUUUUUUCUUUUGAUCAACGGACUUGUACCUUUGUUGAAACUUUAUCAUGUUGGCGAAUUGUCCAAGCAUCACCAGCUCAUUCUGAGUGUAUUGUAAGGUUUUUGGAAUCUCAGGCGGCUUAAACCAUGUUUCUUAUUCCACACUGCCUCUCCCCUUCGAUGCCUGAGUUUACAGCUUCACUAGUUGAUGACAUUUUCAGAGGAAGUUAUUGUACAACAGUUCAUGUGCAGUUCGUAAUUGUUGGCUUCUUUGCCAAGUAAUUGUCUUAGAGGAUUCCUUAAUUCUAGAUGUCUUGUUUAUUCCA